CGAGGCCGACGCCUCGGAGGAAGUGGGCAUACUGCCGGCCUCCCCGCACACCGCCGCCUCCGGCUUCGACAACUUCUUCCCGGUGCAGGAGGGCGAGGGCCCAGGCUGGGAGGGCGGCUCCAGCCCCUUCCUCCCCGUGAGCCCGGACGUGAUAAAGCGGAGGCGUGGGGGCCUCAUCGAGCAGCGCGACAUCAUCAAGGCCCACGAGGCGCACAAGAUGCAGAGCACCCCGCAGGCCCGGCGCAAGGAGUGGGAGAUGGCUCGCUUCGGAGAGGCAGUGGUCGGCAGGCCGGGGUCUGGCGAUGGAGACUCGGACCAGAGCAGGAACCGGCAAGGAACCCCGGUGCCUGCCGCCGGGCAGGCGGCCGCCUACAAGCAGUCGAAAGCGCAGAGGGCGCGGACUAUGGCUUUAUACAACCCCAUUCCUGUCCGGCAGAACUGUUUCACCGUCAACAGAUCCCUGUUCAUCUUCGGAGAAGAUAACAUUGUCAGGAAAUACGCCAAGAAGCUCAUCGAUUGGCCGCCGUUUGAGUACAUGAUCCUGGCCACCAUCAUUGCCAACUGCAUCGUCUUGGCCCUGGAGCAGCAUCUUCCUGAGGAUGACAAGACCCCGAUGUCCCGCAGACUGGAGAAGACAGAACCCUAUUUCAUUGGGAUCUUUUGCUUUGAAGCUGGGAUCAAGAUCGUGGCCCUGGGGUUCAUCUUCCACAAGGGCUCAUACCUCCGCAACGGCUGGAACGUCAUGGACUUCAUCGUGGUUCUCAGCGGCAUCCUGGCCACUGCGGGGACCCACUUCAACACACAUGUGGACCUGAGGACCCUCCGGGCCGUGCGUGUCCUGAGGCCCCUGAAGCUUGUGUCAGGGAUACCCAGCCUGCAGAUCGUGUUGAAGUCCAUCAUGAAGGCCAUGGUGCCCCUUCUGCAGAUCGGCCUCCUGCUCUUCUUCGCCAUCCUGAUGUUCGCUAUCAUCGGCUUGGAGUUCUACAGCGGGAAGCUGCACCGCGCAUGCUUCAUGAACAAUUCAGGUAUUCUAGAAGGAUUUGACCCCCCUCACCCGUGUGGCGUGCAGGGCUGCCCAGCUGGUUAUGAAUGCAGGGACUGGAUCGGCCCCAACGACGGGAUCACCCAGUUUGAUAACAUCCUCUUUGCUGUGCUGACUGUCUUCCAGUGCAUCACCAUGGAAGGGUGGACCACCGUGCUGUACAAUACCAAUGAUGCCUUAGGAGCCACCUGGAAUUGGCUGUACUUCAUCCCCCUCAUCAUCAUUGGAUCCUUCUUUGUUCUCAACCUAGUCCUGGGAGUGCUUUCCGGGGAAUUUGCCAAAGAGAGAGAGCGAGUGGAGAACCGGAGGGCUUUCAUGAAGCUGCGGCGCCAGCAGCAGAUUGAGCGGGAGCUGAACGGGUACCGCGCCUGGAUCGACAAAGCAGAGGAAGUCAUGCUUGCUGAAGAAAAUAAAAAUGCUGGCACGUCAGCCUUGGAAGUGCUUCGGAGGGCCACCAUCAAGCGCAGCCGCACGGAGGUCAUGACUCGAGACUCCAGCGACGAGCACUGUGUGGAUAUCUCCUCCGUGGGCACACCCCUCGCCCGAGCCAGCAUCAAAAGCGCAAAGGUGGACGGGGCCUCCUAUUUCCGGCACAAGGAAAGGCUUCUGCGCAUCUCUGUCCGCCACAUGGUGAAAUCCCAGGUGUUUUACUGGAUUGUGCUGAGCCUGGUGGCUCUCAACACCGCCUGCGUGGCCAUCGUCCAUCACAACCAGCCCCAGUGGCUCACCCACUUCCUCUACUAUGCAGAAUUUCUGUUUCUGGGACUCUUCCUCUUGGAGAUGUCCCUGAAGAUGUACGGCAUGGGGCCUCGCCUUUAUUUUCACUCUUCCUUCAACUGCUUUGAUUUUGGGGUCACGGUGGGCAGUAUCUUUGAAGUGGUCUGGGCCAUCUUCAGACCUGGAACAUCUUUUGGAAUCAGUGUCUUGCGAGCUCUCCGGCUUCUAAGAAUAUUUAAAAUAACCAAGUACUGGGCAUCCCUACGGAAUUUGGUGGUCUCCUUGAUGAGUUCCAUGAAGUCUAUCAUCAGUUUGCUCUUCCUCCUCUUCCUCUUCAUCGUUGUCUUUGCUCUCCUAGGAAUGCAGCUGUUUGGAGGCAGGUUUAACUUUAAUGAUGGGACUCCUUCGGCAAACUUUGACACUUUCCCUGCAGCCAUCAUGACUGUAUUCCAGAUCCUGACAGGUGAGGACUGGAAUGAGGUGAUGUACAAUGGGAUCCGCUCCCAGGGUGGGGUCAGCUCAGGCAUGUGGUCAGCCAUCUAUUUCAUUGUGCUCACCUUGUUUGGAAACUACACGCUGCUGAAUGUGUUCUUGGCUAUCGCUGUGGACAAUCUGGCCAACGCCCAGGAGCUGACCAAGGAUGAGCAGGAAGAAGAGGAGGCUUUCAACCAGAAGCACGCGCUGCAGAAGGCCAAGGAGGUCAGCCCGAUGUCCGCACCCAACAUGCCUUCUAUCGAAAGAGACAGAAGGAGAAGACACCACAUGUCGAUGUGGGAGCCACGCAGCAGCCACCUGCGGGAGCGGCGGCGCCGCCACCACAUGUCGGUGUGGGAGCAGCGCACCAGCCAGCUGAGGCGGCACAUGCAGAUGUCCAGCCAGGAGGCCCUCAACAAGGAGGAGGCCCCGCCCAUGAACCCGCUCAACCCCCUCAACCCACUGAGCCCCCUCAACCCGCUCAACGCCCACCCCAGCCUCUACCGGAGAUCCCGGCCCCUGGAGGGGCUGGCCCUGGGCCUGGGCCUGGAGAAGUGUGAGGAGGAGCGCAUCAGCCGCGGGGGGUCCCUCAAGGGGGACGGAGGGGACCUCUCCAGUGCCCUGGACCACCAGAGGAGCCCCUUGCCGCUGGGCAAACGGGAGCCGCCGUGGCUGGCCAGGCCCUGCCAUGGGAACUGUGACCCGACCCAGCAGGAGUCUGGGGGAGGGGAGGCGGUGGUGACCUUUGAGGACCGGGCCAGGCACAGGCAGAGCCAGCGGCGCAGCCGGCACCGCCGAGUCAGGACAGAAGGCAAGGAGCCCUCCUCUGCCUCCCAGAGCCGGUCGGCCAGCCAGGAGCGGGGCCUGGAUGACAGCGCGCCCACCGAGGGGGAGAAGGACCGCGAGCCCAGGGGCGGCCAUGGGGGCAAGGAGCCCACGAUCCAGGAAGAAGAGAGAGCCCAGGACUUGAGGAGGACCAACAGUCUGAUGGUGCCCCGAGGCUCUGGGCUGGCAGGAGCCCUCGAUGAGGCUGACACCCCCCUCGUCCCGCCAAACACAGAACCGGAAGUGGGGAAGGCGCUGACGGAGCAGGAGCCUGAGGGCAGCAGUGAGCAAGCCCUGCUGGGGGACGUGCAGCUGAACGUGGGCCGGGUCAGCCAGAGCGAGCCCGACCUCUCCUGCGUCACGGCCAACACGGACAAGGCUGCCACCGAGAGCACCAGCGUCACUGUCGCCAUCCCUGACGUGGACCCCCUGGUGGACUCGACCGUGGUGCACAGGCCUGGCUGUCUGGAAGAGGCCAUUGUGCCUGUGUGCGGGGGUGGGGAGGCACGAUGGGGACGGAGGGAGGCGGUGGCUCAAGGCUCAUCCACCCGCAGGAUCCGCAGGGCCUGUCACUACAUCGUGAACUUGCGCUACUUUGAGAUGUGCAUUCUCCUGGUGAUCGCGGCCAGCAGCAUCGCCCUGGCGGCCGAGGACCCGGUCCUGACCAACUCGGAGCGCAACAGAGUCCUGCGGUAUUUUGACUAUGUUUUCACUGGCGUGUUCACCUUUGAGAUGGUUAUAAAGAUGAUCGACCAGGGCUUGAUUCUGCAGGAUGGGUCCUACUUCCGAGACCUGUGGAACAUUCUGGACUUCGUGGUGGUGGUUGGUGCGCUGGUGGCCUUUGCUUUGGCAAACGCUUUGGGAACCAACAAGGGGCGGGACAUCAAGACCAUCAAGUCCCUGCGGGUGCUCCGCGUGCUGAGGCCUCUGAAGACCAUCAAGCGCCUGCCCAAGCUCAAGGCUGUCUUUGACUGCGUGGUGACCUCAUUGAAGAACGUCUUCAACAUCCUCAUUGUCUACAAGCUCUUCAUGUUCAUCUUUGCUGUUAUCGCCGUUCAGCUCUUCAAGGGAAAGUUCUUUUAUUGCACGGACAGUUCCAAGGACACAGAGAAGGAGUGCAUAGGCAACUAUGUAGAUCACGAGAAGAACAAGAUGGAGGUGAAAGGUCGGGAAUGGAAGCGCCAUGAAUUCCACUACGACAACAUCAUCUGGGCUCUGCUGACCCUCUUCACCGUCUCCACAGGGGAAGGAUGGCCUCAGGUUUUGCAGCAUUCUGUCGAUGUGACGGAGGAAGACCGAGGCCCGAGCCGCAGCAACCGCAUGGAGAUGUCCAUCUUUUACGUGGUCUACUUUGUGGUCUUCCCUUUCUUCUUUGUCAACAUCUUCGUGGCUCUCAUCAUCAUCACCUUCCAGGAGCAAGGGGACAAGAUGAUGGAGGAGUGCAGCCUGGAGAAGAACGAGAGGGCGUGUAUCGACUUCGCCAUCAGCGCCAAGCCGCUCACCCGCUACAUGCCGCAGAACAGGCACACCUUCCAGUACCGCGUCUGGCACUUCGUGGUGUCUCCAUCGUUUGAGUACACCAUCAUGGCCAUGAUCGCCUUGAACACCAUCGUGCUGAUGAUGAAGUACUACUCUGCGCCCUGUACUUAUGAGCUGGCCCUGAAGUACCUGAAUAUCGCCUUCACCAUGGUGUUUUCCUUGGAAUGUGUCCUGAAGAUCAUCGCGUUUGGCUUCUUGAACUAUUUCCGAGACACCUGGAAUAUCUUCGACUUCAUCACCGUGAUCGGCAGCAUCACAGAAAUCAUUCUGACGGACAGCAAGCUGGUGAACACCAGUGGCUUCAAUAUGAGCUUCCUGAAGCUCUUCCGCGCUGCCCGCCUCAUCAAGCUUCUGCGACAGGGCUACACCAUCCGGAUUUUGCUCUGGACCUUCGUGCAGUCCUUCAAGGCCCUGCCCUACGUCUGCCUUUUGAUUGCCAUGCUGUUCUUCAUCUAUGCCAUCAUUGGGAUGCAGGUAUUUGGAAACAUAAAGUUGGAUGAGGAGAGUCACAUCAACCGGCACAACAACUUCCGGAGUUUCUUUGGGUCCCUCAUGCUACUCUUCAGGAGUGCCACAGGCGAGGCCUGGCAGGAGAUAAUGCUGUCGUGCCUCGGGGAGAAAGGCUGUGAGCCCGACACCACGGCGCCCUCCGGGCAGAACGAGAACGAACGCUGUGGCACCGAUCUGGCCUACGUUUACUUUGUCUCCUUCAUCUUCUUCUGCUCCUUCUUGAUGCUCAACCUGUUCGUGGCCGUCAUCAUGGACAACUUCGAGUACCUGACUCGGGACUCGUCCAUCCUGGGGCCUCACCACUUGGAUGAGUUUGUCCGCGUCUGGGCAGAAUACGACAGAGCUGCAUGUGGCCGCAUCCAUUACACUGAGAUGUAUGAAAUGCUGACUCUCAUGUCACCACCGCUAGGCCUCGGCAAGAGAUGUCCCUCCAAAGUGGCCUAUAAGAGGUUGGUCCUGAUGAAUAUGCCCGUGGCUGAGGACAUGACAGUGCACUUCACCUCCACCCUGAUGGCUCUGAUCCGGACUGCUCUGGACAUCAAGAUCGCCAAAGGUGGUGCUGACAGGCAGCAGCUAGACUCGGAGCUACAGAAAGAGACCCUGGCCAUCUGGCCUCACCUGUCCCAGAAGAUGCUAGAUCUGCUUGUGCCCAUGCCCAAAGCCUCUGACCUGACUGUGGGCAAAAUCUAUGCAGCAAUGAUGAUCAUGGACUACUAUAAGCAGAGUAAGGUGAAGAAGCAGAGGCAGCAGCUGGAGGAACAGAAAAAUGCACCCAUGUUCCAGCGCAUGGAGCCCUCAUCUCUGCCGCAGGAGAUCAUCGCCAAUGCCAAAGCUCUGCCUUACCUCCAGCAGGACCCCGCUCCAGGCCUGAGUGGCCGGAGUGGGUACCCUUCGAUGAGUCCGCUCUCCCCCCAGGAAAUAUUCCAGCUGGCGUGUAUGGACUCAGCCGAUGACGGACAGUUCCAGGAGGAGCAGGCUCUGGAGCCAGAGUUUAGUGAAUUAAAAAGCGUGCAGCCCUCUAACCAUGGCAUCUACCUUCCUCCGGACACCCAGGAGCAUGCGGGAUCGGGGAGGGCAUCCUCUAUGCCACGGCUGACUGUGGAUCCCCAGGUAGUAACAGACCCCAGCUCCAUGAGACGUUCGUUUUCCACUAUUCGGGACAAGCGUUCAAAUUCCUCGUGGUUGGAGGAAUUCUCCAUGGAGCGAAGCAGUGAAAACACCUACAAGUCCCGGCGCCGGAGUUACCACUCCUCCCUGCGGCUGUCAGCCCACCGCCUGAACUCGGACUCCGGCCACAAGUCCGACACCCACCGCUCAGGGGGCAGAGAGCGGGGACGAUCGAAAGAGCGAAAGCAUCUUCUGUCCCCCGAUGUCUCCCGCUGCAACUCAGAGGAGCGAGGGACCCAGGCCGACUGGGAGUCCCCAGAGCGUCGCCAGUCCAGGUCGCCCAGUGAGGGCAGGUCACAGACGCCCAACAGACAGGGCACGGGCUCCUUGAGUGAAAGCUCCAUCCCCUCCAUCUCUGACACCAGCACCCCAAGACGAAGUCGUCGGCAGCUCCCACCCGUCCCCCCGAAGCCUCGGCCCCUCCUGUCCUACAGCUCGCUGAUUCGACACACGGGAAGCAUCUCUCCCCCGGCGGAUGGGAGCGAGGGCGGCUCCCCGCUGACCUCCCAGGCUCCGGAGAGCAACGACGCUGGCCUGCCCGAGUCUUCCAGGCCCCCGCACGGCCACCCCUCCCCGCAGCGCUACAUCUCCGAGCCCUACCUGGCCCUGCACGAAGAUGCCCAAGCCUCGGACUGCGGCGAGGAGGAGACGCUCACCUUCGAAGCGGCCGUGGCCACCAGCCUGGGCCGUGCCAACACCAUCGGCUCAGCCCCGCCCCUGCGACACAGCUGGCAGAUGCCCAACGGGCACUAUCGGCGGCGGAGGCGUGGGGGCCCGGGGCCGGGCAUGAUGUGUGGAGCAGUCAGCGACCUCCUGAGUGACACGGAAGAAGACGACAAAUGCUAGAGGCUGCUCCCCCCUCCGAUGCAUGCUCUUCUCUCACACGGAGAAAACCAAGACCGAAUUGGGAAGCCAGUGCGGCCCGGGGGGGAGGAGGAGGGAAGGACCGUGUGCUUAUCAGAGGAGGAGGAAAGGACCAACGGCAACCAGUCGAACCCACCAAAUUGCUUUACUUCCCUUUGCGAGAUGGGCACUGCCAUAGUUCUGCCUCUUUGCUGGGGAAAGAAGACGAGAGAACAGGGAGGGUGGCCCCUGGAGAGGGGACACCGGGAUCGCUCUGCUUCCGCUGCCCCUUCCCACUUUUCUAAAAGCCGUGGAGGAAGUGAGCUGGCCUGUGUCCAUGUCCAUUGCCCUGCGACGCCUGGAAGCCUUUCUGGCUCAUAAUUGGGGGGGCGGGGGGUUGUGGCGACCCUAGGAGGGGAGUCUCCUCCCUCCCUCACCAGCUCCCCACCAGCACCAUCCGCUGGGGCCACUGCAUCUCACGCGUCACCCUGGGGCUGGCUUCCCCAAAGAAGCACAGACUAAGUUCAGGAGCAUCGGAUGCCAGGGGUGGGGCGGGGAGGGAGGGGUGGCGUGGAGGGGUCAGGGUGCUGUGGCAGCAGCAGCCAGGGCUGGUCUGGACCAGCAAAGCCAUAGCCCAGCAGCCCACGUGGAGGAGCGGUCAGAGCAACGGUGCUGGGGCGGCAGGCCUAUCACGCGCAGUAGGUGCUUUGAGUGUUAAGAUGGGCUAAGGAGGUCCCCCGGGGUCCACAGACAUGCCUGCGGCGCUGGUAAGGGUGGUGUGGCCAGGGCCCCAGCUGAUGAGAACGGGGUCUGGCCUUAGGCUGGUCAGAGGGAGCCCUGAGGGCAGGGCCAUGUGGCAGGAGCACCAAGGGCCUCAAGGCAGAGUCUGUUUUCCACCCAGAAUAGAAGUAAUUCCGAGGGGGGGACAGUGCUGCGGCAGGACCAGCCCAACCUGGCUGGCGGCCGUGGGCCUCUGGGCCCAGCCUUCCCUGCCACUCCCCCAAGGAGAUGGUACGCCUAGUAGGGACUACGAUAGAGGUGGGAAAGGCUAGCACAUUGAAACAGAAGCAUCGGUAAGAGUCAGAGUUUACCGGGAUCUCCUGCGUCUGCCUCGUGGCGGAGGGCCCGUGUGUCAGGGUACGUCAAGGUGAUUAGUUAAUAUACCUCAGCUGAGACCUGGGCUGCAACUUCUAGUGGAACAAACUCUAAUGGGCCUUGUCACCCAGUGUGACAGACCGGGGCCCUAUUUCUCUGGGCCAGGACUGUGCUGUACCCCCUCCCUCCCAGAGUAAGAGCUGAGCAGAAGACAGCCUCAGGCUCUCCUUCCUAACCCCCAAAACUCAGAAGCAUAGAGGAAAAUAGAGCCCUUACUUGGCGAAUCUGUGUGAUCGUCCAUUUGGCGUUACGCAUCACUGUCUCGAUCCGGUGGAAAUGCAGUCCCCUUCAGGCCCUCCCAGGUCCCCCAGCACCUUACAGUGGGUAGAAGGGUCCCCUGCAGAGGGGUGCAGGCAGGGCCCUCCUUUCUCAGCCAGGAGCAGAGGGAGCCUGCUUCUCAGAACCCUCCAGAGGAAGGCGCAGGCCCCUGGACCAAGAUCCAGUGGGUAAGCACCCCUAAACUCCACGUCCCCUAAACGACUCGCCUCUUGGAUAAGGAGCAGCCAGUGACUUAUUUCUCUUAGAAGGAGCCUCUGUUUCCUUUCUUUUUUCGGUUGAAAGAGAAGUAAGGCAUUGCCACAUCAGCUCUGAGAAGCCAAAUUCAUCCCUGAGGCUGCAGAUUCCUUUAUCAUGGCCCUGGCCUUCUCAUCUAGAUAUUAACGGAGCCUCAUGACCCACCGUCUGCCCCCAAACCAAAGUAAUCCCAGGGUGGGAGACCAGUGAGGCAGAGAGAAAGGCCUUCCCAGCUCAGACCCUCUCCCACUCCUCCCGUGAGCCCAGGAGGAGUUGGGGAUGCAAACAGGACUCUACAGGCAUGAUGGUUACAUAAGACUCUGAUGCUGGGCCUUGUGUUGUUCGAAAGGUUUCCUCUGCUCAGCGUCAUUUCAUGCCAAAGUGUUGCUAGGGGCGGUUUGUGUGCACAAAAUCGCUUUCUUCCGCCUCGGAAAUGCAGCUUUCCUAUGGGCCAGGCCUACACCAGGACUACCAUUCUGAGCCAACGAGUCUAUUGCAUUGUUUGGCGAAAGGGAACUGAAGUGAUACCUUGAGCCGUCUCAGUAGUAGGGGAAACUCGGGUGGGCAGAGCAGUUGCUGGGAAUGGAACCUGCCUGCAAACAGCAUUGCAAACACUAAACUUGCUGGCCAGGGAGCCUCCUGGGCACCUUACAUGCACACCGGCACGUGAGUCCUGAAUAAAGAGGCAGAAAGCACCGCAGAUACAGUCCCCUGACCAACCACCUGGGUUUUUCUAGUUCCAGGGAACUUAGGAACGCUUCCAUUCACCUUCCCCUGACCAAGAAAUCAGGUUUCUGAUCCCUUAGCCUGCAUUCGCCCUUCUAUCCAUACCAGAAAAUCAAAAAAAUUUCGGCUAAGUCACGGGACUCAUGAUCAUAAUCGUCUUAUAGAAGUUUCCUUCCGCCUCUGAAAGAACAUAUACUCCAACCGUCCCUCAAAUAAUCGGCCAGGAUAUUUCAGGGUCUCAGAUUCUGCCUUUUCGCUUUCCUGGGAAGAGGCCCCUUCAGAUCGCAAAACCCAUGCUUGUAUUUGGAUUCGAAAUUAGGGCAACAUCUUGAGAAAUUGCAAGCAAUAGAGGAUGAGUGCUGCUGUUGGAGAUACACAACGUGAUAACAUUGAGCACUGUAGGUCCCUUCAAGAGAAUCUUCAGCUGUAUGUCCAAGUUUCCAUUGUAAUAUUAGUCCUUAGCAUCUCCUCAAAACAAGAGAGAGGGAAUGAGAAAAAGAGAGGAGGGGGUGUGUGUGUCCCAGACUCCCAGCAGGCCUUCAGACACGGGAUGAACUCUAGAUGCCAGAUCCAGGCUUCCUCUUAGUCAAGAUCAGGAAACAUUUACUGCACCAUAAAGGGGUGGUGGCCUGUCCAUCCUUCUAGCUGAAGAAUCCAUUUCUAUCCUGGGCUUCCCUACUUCAUGUCCUUGUGGGGUUCUGAGAUCACUGAGAACGUUUCUCCGAAGCUGAACUCCAAAUGUUCAGAAUUUUGCCCUCCCUUGACUCUGAGGCCACAAAAGAAAGACCCCCAUAUUCCAUAAAUCUACCAGCAUCUCCCUUCCUGACCCCCCCCCCCC